CUUCAGUUAAAUUCAAGAUGGCUACCAUUGGUCUGUUGAGGGCCUGCCGAGGAAAUGGCUGCUUAUUAAUGAAGAACAGUUUGUUUCACCAAAAACUUCCUGCAAAUCUUCAAAACAGUCUAAUUACCAAACAUUUUUCCCUGACACCUGUUGCGAGCAGUAAUGCUGUUGUAGAGUUCUUCAGAGCACGGAACUUCAGGGCAAAGAGGGGUCCAUUUAGACCAGAGGAGAAGCGAGGAGACCAUGCCAUGAUGGCGUCUACACACUGGAAGAUUGAACGUGCACUAGCCAUCAGUAUGUUGGGAGUAAUGCCAGCUUGUCUCUUUGUUCAGGGACCCAUCAUGGACACAUUAUUAUCAAUAACAGUUCUUUUACAUGGAUUCUGGGGUGUGGAUGGUGUUCUCACAGAUUACCUGGAGAAAUUUGUUCCUUGGAUCCACUAUCCCUGGUAUCUGAUCACUAUAGCAGGACUAGCUGGACUUUUUUACUUUAAUUACAAUGAUGUGGGGGUCUGUGAGGCAAUCAGAAUGGUUUGGAGAAUGUAAUUCUCCUGGUUCUGUACUGUUUAAAUCAUUAGAUGUUACAAGAUAAAAAGACUUUGUAUAAACCUUUUGCUUGAGAAUAUUAGCCACCAACUUACAUGAGUUUUCAACAGUAUCUGCAUAUUCAUCUGCAAAAAGUAAACAGGAAUUGUUUAUAUGUUUAAUUUGCACUAGUUUUUAACAAAUAAGUGUAAAGCCAUAAAUAAUUUUUAUUUUCAAAAUAGAAUUUUUUUGUAUGUUGAAAUCCAAGAUUGUUUUAUCCUGGAGAAAACUGUGCUUUGUAACUUGUGCUUUGUAACAUUUUUUUUUUUUUGCUGAAGUUCGUUAUUUAAUAAAUAUAUUUAAUGUA